AUGGCAGCCAAAGAACCACAAUCGGGUUCCAACCCCCAAAAUCCAGUCAAAAUCACGUUUGCAACACUAGCCGAUGCCGGUCGCAUCGCAGAGCUCGGCGCCAAUGUCUUCUCAGCCACAUUCGGCCACUCGGUGGAGCCUCACGAACUAGACGCCUUCCUAGAAGAAUCAUACACAGAAGCUGCCAUCAUCAAAGACAUCAACGACAAAGACAGAGAUGUCAUCAUCGCCACUAGCAACGAAGACGACUUGCUCGGUUUUGCAUAUCUUACUCGAGGGAGCAGCGAGCCUUGUGUGGAGGGUUUGGAGAAGACUGUUGAACUACAGCGUAUCUAUGUGCAUCCUGCUUCUCACGGUAGUGGUGUUGGGAGGGUUUUGGAGAAGGCCAUUGAGACCAUGGCUAAGGAACAAGGGUUUAAGAAUCUAUGGCUUGGCGUGUGGCAAGAGAAUCCCCGGGCGAUGAGGGCGUAUGAGAAAUGGGGGUAUAAAAAGGUUGGAGUUCAUGAUUUUACUAUUGGGUCUGUGGUGCAGACCGACGAUAUCAUGCUGAAGGCUUUAUAG